AUGUCGAUAUCCCUUGGCUCAAUAACUGUGAUCCUCGUCGUGGUGCGCAUGAUCUUCAAGCAGUUCUUCAGCAAAACCCGAACACUCGGCCCAGACGACAAAGUCAUCCUUGGUACGCUCGCGAUUCGUAUAUCUUGUAUCGUUGUCAACGUAAAGGGUUUAGCUCAUCAUGGGUUGGGCAAAGACGUAUGGACUCUGGGUCCAGAAGAGCUGACCCUGUUUUCGAUCUUCUUCUAUGUGAUGGAAAUAUCAUAUUUCGUCGAACUGUCCUUGGUCAAACUCAGCCUAUCCAUCUUCUUCCUCUACAUCUUUCCGUCCGCAACAAUCCGACGGCUGCUUUUUGGAACAGCCGUGUUCAAUGGCCUCUUUGGAGCGGCGUUUGCUCUUACGGCCAUCUUCCAAUGCACUCCUGUCAGUUACUUCUGGACGCAGUACUCUAAGCCAUCGUCGGGUCAUUGCAUCAACAUCAAUGUCUUUGGGUGGAUCAACGCAGCUAUCAGCAUUGCUGUUGAUAUCUGGUUGAUUGCCAUACCGCUCAGCCAGGUUCCAGCACUAAACUUGCACUGGAAGAAGAAACUAGGCGUGGUGAUCAUGUUUCUCAUGGGAACGUUCGUGACUGUCGUUUCGAUUCUACGGCUACGAUCCCUCAUCUACUUUGCUAACUCGAGUAACCCUACCUGGGAUCAGUUUGACGUUGCCAACUGGUCUACCAUUGAGGUCAACGUCGGCAUGAUUUGUUCGUGUCUUCCCAGCCUACGGCUCCUUUUGGUCCGGCUAUUCCCGCAGCUGGGGUCUGGGUCCAAGAGCGAAAGGUCGCAUGUGGUUGAAUCGAAUGGACACACGAACCGGAGGAUGUCUAUCAAGGAGCAGUACCACCUUUCGACCUUGGAGUCUACCAAGUCGCAUCCGUGGCGAAAGAUUGGUGAGUAG